AUGAGCAGUGCAUCUCCCUCACCUCCGCCUUCUCUACUUACUCGUCAUCGUCCGCGCCAGCGUCUGGAAAAGUACCUCGCAAGAGGAUUCCCGGCCCAUCAGUGUUCCCAACGGUCACUCUGGAGUGCGUUGUGCACUGCUGCUGAUGGAUACAUGCUGACAUUUGGCAGAACCUUCCAGGCCGCAUACUCUGCCUACGCAGAGUCGUUACCUCAAAACAAGUUCAAGACGUUUGUCAUCAUCCUGCCGUCCGUCAAGAACCCGUGCCACUCGCCGAACGCCGCCCACCACAUCAAGGAACGAUUCUUCAGCACGACCAAACUCGCCGUCCACGUCACCAUCGCGAUUGAGGACCUUACCGCCCUCUGGGGCUGGGACGACAUCAAAAUUGGCUCCUGGCUCCAGACGAUUAUGAACCACAACCGCCAAGUGAAGGCGUCGAAGUACACUGGGUUUAUCCUGAAGCUUCAGAGGCUCCUUCAGCUUACCAAGUACGCGCCACCGUUCGAGGCCGAGGCCGAGGUUCUUGACCAUGGGCGCACCGAACUGCGCCCCCACGACGAGGAGCUAUCUCCCGCCACCGAGCUGCGAAGCCUGGCAAUUGUCAACCAGUGCAUGAAGAACCUUAACAUGUCCGACGAAAAGGUCAGGCACUACGCUUUUACCGAGAAGAAACGUCUGCAUGCCGCCAUGGGCCAGGGCGACGUCGCGUACAUCGCGCUCACCGUCGGCAUGGGCCUUGGAUGUCACGAUGACCUCGAACCCCCUUCCGCUGCCGCCAAGACCGACACUAUUUAA